UCCAUCACAAACAGGGGAUGGUCUCUUGAUUGAGGGAACUUGAUAAUUUAGCUGGCUGUUGGGUCAGACGGGGGUCUUUCUGGAGAACUAUCAAGAUCUUUACUUCGCAGGCAAAGAAAGUAAAGUAAAAAGAGUAGGAUAGAAAGUAAACAGUUGCUGGUGUGUGUGGCACUGUCUCUGAGGUGGUGGUACCUAUAACUUUGUAUGCCUUGCUGUCUCAGCUUCAGGGAUGUUUCCAUAGCACAGUCGUCAGUGUCUGACAAUGAAGUAGAGUCGCUAAACUAUUAUAACUAAUUAACUGCUAAUUUGGAUUAGAAUGGCGAUUUCAAGAGGUUAAAGACAUAUUAAUUAAGCCAAUAAUGUGCUAAGAGUCCUGCCCUGCUUUGCUAUCUCUUAUGAUGUAACAAGUAAUUUAAAACCUCCUGGUAACAUGAUGAGUGAGACUGAGGCUGUAAAGAUUGCUGAGCUGCUGGCACUAAAGUGCUGCUAAUUGGUUUGAAGAGCCUCUCUUUAGCCAUGACUUUUUCUUCUUGCUGAAGAGACUUAAACUGCUCAGGAAGGAGCGAAGUGAACUGAACAAAGAAAGAUAUGAGCUAUGAAGUCUUACAUUCCAUUUUUCAUUCUUCUUUGGAGUGCUGUCGGAAUCUCAAGGGCUGCCAAAAUUGUUAUUGUGCCGCCAAUUAUGUUUGAAAGCCAUCUGUAUAUUUUCAAGACCCUGGCCUCAGCCUUGCACGAGCAAGGCCACCAAACAGUUUUCCUUCUGUCUGAGGGCAGAGACAUCCCUCCAUCUAAUCACUAUAGACUGCAGCGUUACCCAGGAAUCUUUAAUACCAGCACCUCAGAUGAGUUUCUUCAAUCCAAAAUGAGGAGUAUCUUUUCUGGGAGACUAACAGCCCUGGAACUGUUUGACAUUCUGGAACACUAUUCCAAGAAUUGUGACAUGAUUGUAGGCAACAAGAAGCUCCUGCAUGCCCUGAAACAGGAAAAAUUUGACCUGCUGCUAGUGGAUCCUAAUGAAAUGUGUGGAUUUGUUAUUGCUCAUCUUUUAGGGAUUAAAUACGCGGUUUUUUCCACUGGACUUUGGUAUCCAGCAGAAGUAGGUGCUCCAUCACCUUUAGCAUAUGUUCCAGAAUUUAAUUCACUUCUUACAGAUCAUAUGAACUUGCUAGAGAGGCUUAAGAACACUGUUGUAUACCUGGUUUCAAGAUUUGGAGUCAACUUUUUGGUUCUGCCAAAAUACGAAAGGAUAAUGCAGAAGUACAAUGUACAGCCAGCAAGGUCCAUGUAUGACUUGGUUCAUGAUUCUAGCCUGUGGAUGCUGUGUACUGAUGUAGCACUAGAGUUUCCAAGACCCACCCUUCCAAAUGUUGUGUAUGUGGGAGGAAUCCUUACCAGACCAGCCAAUCCUCUACCAGAAGAUCUCCAAACAUGGGUGGAUGGUGCUAAUGAAAAAGGCUUUGUCCUUGUUUCAUUUGGAGCAGGAGUCAAAUACUUGUCAGAAGAUAUAGCACAUAAAUUGGCCCAUGCUCUGGCAAGACUUCCUCAACGAGUUAUUUGGAGGUAUUCAGGGAAGAAACCUAGGAACUUGGGUAACAAUACAAAACUCAUAGAAUGGUUACCGCAGAAUGACUUACUGGGUCACUCUAAGAUUAAGGCCUUUCUGAGUCAUGGUGGUCUGAACAGCAUUUUUGAAACCAUGUACCACGGUGUACCUGUGGUGGGAAUUCCUCUUUUCGGAGAUCAUUAUGACACUAUGACCCGAGUGCAGGCCAAAGGCAUGGGAAUAUUACUAAACUGGAAGACUAUUACUGAGGAUGAAUUAUAUAAAGCACUAGUGAAAGUUAUUAAUGAUCCCAGCUACAGACAAAGGGCCCAGAAGCUGUCUGAAAUUCAUAAAGACCAACCAGGUCAUCCUGUUGAUCGAACAGUCUACUGGAUUAAUUACAUCCUUCGUCAUAAUGGAGCACAGCAUCUACGUGCUGCUGUUUUCACAGUCUCUUUAUAUCAGUAUUUCUUAUUGGAUAUUGCCUUUAUUGUACUGCUUGGUACUGCCUUACUCUGCUACGUUUUGGUCAGAAUAGCAAAAUUUAUCCGCAAGCAAAGCAAACAUCUUUGGUCCACUGAUGAACAUACUACCAUUAAUGGACAUUACCAAAAUGGGAUACCAAAUGGCAAGUAUAGAAGAAAUGGCCACAUUAAACAUGAAAAAAAGGUGAAAUGAGCCAACUUCCCAAUGUACAUUAGCAGCGAAUCAGUUCUAUAACUGAAUUUUAUAGCUGUAACUUAGUCUAACACCUACUUAAAGCAAAACAAUAAACAGUUCUAACGCUCCCCUACAGUAUGUAAUCUUAUGCGAUUAAAUUCUGCAGAACUAAGGAAAAUCUUUAGAAAAAUGAAGCACAACCUAAAAUGCAAUAUGUAUUUUAUUCUUAAUACUGAUGCAAAAAGGUUAUUCUGGCACUGAAGUUUUUUUAGAAGCCUUAAUUCUCUGAAGUAAUUCAAUAAGUAUAUUUAUGACUUCUCCAUUUGUGAAUCUACAUGUGUGCGUCCCAGAUAAGGAAAGGUUCACUCUUACUUGGCAACUAUUCUUCCUUUUUUUCAUAUAUUCAUUCACAUUUUUCCAGAGAGAACUUUGUUUUGAUUCCUUGAAGUUUCACUAUGUUAUCUGGCAAUGAUGUUAAAGUCAUCUUUCCUGGUGUUUGGUAUAUAGCAGUGAACAAACUGCAGAAUCAUAAUGCAGCCAUAUAAAUCAUAUUCUUAAACGGCGCUGAAGAAUAUGAUAACAAAACACUAAUUUUGAUAUACUUCUUAACUCUUCCUUUCUCUUCCAUUUCUUUAGAGAAAAGGAAAUUGCACAAGAGUACCGUAAGCUGUAAUUUUAUAUUUAUGUAUAUUUUACCUUCCUUCUUCACUUUCCACAUAUCCAUUAAUUUAUGCCAUUGUAAGGGUGUUGUUUUAUUUUGAUAAUUACAAGGGCUGUGUGGAUAGAUUAGAUAGAUUUAGAAAAACAAAUGAAGCAGAGGGGAAAGAAAAUCUGCCCCAGGCUCUUUGGAAAAGGUCUUGCCAUGUCCCUUGAGCAAUGCAGAAUCAAACCACCUUUGGGAUUUGUUACAAAGUUGAAUGUCUUUGCUUUUAUAUUAUUGCAAUUAAGUUCCCCACUCGCACCCCAGAGCCACAGUGGUUCUGAGGUUCACUGUCAAUAGUUCUGUCUGUGUUCCUUCUGCUGGUCUGGGCCACACAAUCCAUGUUACAUAGUUGCCAACAUCAAUUCUCUGAAUAAAUUGGAGGCUAUCCUUUUUGUCAGUUA